UGUAUUUAUUUAUUUAUUUUGAUUUUUUGCUCUCUCUUGUGGCCAUUCUGUGUCUGGGUUUCCAUUCUCUGGUAGACUGCUGUGACAAAGCCUUGACAAUGAAACGCUGUUGAGAGAAACCGCAAGGCUAUGUGUUGUCAAGUUGUUAUGUAUGUGGAGGAACAUGACAGAAGCCAGUAUUUCAUUGGGCGAGGAUCAGUUCAGCUGUCCGAUCUGUCAGGAUCUACUGAAGGAUCCAGUGACCAUCCCCUGUGGACACAGCUACUGUAUGAACUGCAUCACAGACUGCUGGAAUAAAGAUGAUCAGAAGGGAGUUUACAGCUGCCCUCAGUGCAGACAGACCUUCACUCCAAGACCUGCUUUAAAUAAGAAUGUGAUGUUGGAUGAAAUGGUGGAGAAACUGAAGAAGACAAGAUCUGCUCUCAGUUACGCUGGACCUGGGGAUGAGGAGUGUGAUGUCUGUACUGGAAGGAAACGCAAAGCUGUAAAGUCUUGUCUGAUGUGUCUUGAAUCAUACUGUCAGACUCACUUUGAGUGUCAUGAGGAAUCUCAUACGAGGAAACGACACAAAGUGACCGAUGCCACUGGACGAAUCCAGGAGAUGAUCUGCUCUAAACAUGACAGACUGCUGGAGGUUUUUUGUCGUUCUGACCAGAAAUGUAUUUGUUUGAUUUGUGUGAUGGAUGAACACAAAACUCACGAUACUGUUUCAGCUGAAGCAGAGAGGACUGAGAAACAGAAACAGGUUGGAGAGACAGUAAUAAUUAUACAGAAGAAAAUUCAAGAGAGGCAAACAGAGCUUCAGAAGCUGAGCGAGUUUGUGCAGACUCACAAGAGCUCCGCACAGGCGGCAGUGGAGGACAGUGAGAGGAUCUUUACUGAACUGAUCCACUGCAUUGAGAAAAGCCAAUCUGAGGUGAUACAGAUGAUCAGAGAUCGAGAAAAGGCUGAAGUGAGUCAAGCUGAAGGACUCUUGAAGCAACUGGAGCAGGAGAUUGAUGAUCUGAGGAGGAGAGACGCUGAGCUGAAGCAGCUUUUACACACAGAAAACCACAUCCAUUUCCUACGGAAUUUUCAGCUUCCCUCUGCACCUCCUGCAUCUUCAGACAGCACCACUGUCGGUUCUCUGCUCCCUAAUGAUGAUGUGAGAAGCUCCGUCACUAAUAUAAAAACAAAAUUUGAGCAUUUCUGCAGUGAGGAGAUAGAAAAGAUAUCUGGUGGAGUGAAUAUCAAAAUCCUCACACCCAUCACUGAACCCAAAACAAGAGAGCACUUCUUGCACUAUUACCAUCAGUUUACUCUGGAUUCAGAGUCGGUGCAUAAACACCUCUGUCUUUCUGAGGAGCACACAGUGGCUGCUUGCACUGCUACACUGCAGCCGUAUCCUGAUCAUCCAGACAGAUUUGAUGUUUGGCCUCAGGUGUUGUGUAAAGAAAGCUUGUGUGGACGCUGUUACUGGGAGGUGGAGUGGAGCGGGACUCGUGGUGUGGGAAUAUCAGUGUCAUAUAAGAGCAUCAGCAGGAAGGGACGGGGUAAUGAGUGUAAAUUUGGAUGUAAUGAUCAGUCCUGGAGAUUGUUCUGCUCUCCCUCUGGAUUUUUAUUUAGUCACAAUAACAAAAAAUCUGAACUCCCUGUAUUCUCCAGCUCCUGUAGAAUAGGAGUGUAUGUGGAUCACAGAGCAGGAAUUCUGUCCUUCUACAGUGUCUCUGACACAAUGACCCUCAUCCACAGAAUCCAGACCACAUUCACUCGACCGCUUCAUCCGGGGUUUGGCAUAACCCAGGACUCAUCAGUGAAACUGUGUCCUUCAGCAGUAUAGAUGAAGUAGAGCUUCUACAAACAGGGCCGGAUUUACGCAUAGGCAUUCUAGGCACGUGCCUAUGCUUGCUCGUCC